AGUUGUACCAGACUCGACUAUUUCAAAUUAUAGAGAUUUCGGGUGUGUUUAUGCCAGUUAAUCAAGAUGAUCAUCUCCCGUAAUCCUCGGAGUCUCUAUCGUUAUUCCCGCUCUCGUCUCUCCCCUGCAUCUCCUCCUCCGCCUAAUGGAGCUCAUACCGUACUCCUCUUCUCCAAACCCCAAGCCCAUGUCUAACUCCGUCAGCCCCCCAUGGUCGGAGAUGUUCCAUUCCGCCUCCCUCCGCCGACCGCCGGACUCCAUCCCCUCCUCACGGCAGCCCUCCCCUCCCCCACGCCAACCCUCCGCAGCCGGAGCAUGCACCACCGCUUGCUCCUCUUCUGUGAGCGAGGUUCGCCUCGCCCUCUACAUAUCGAUGGCCCACGCAGGCCUUGCCUUCUCGCUCCUCCUCCUGUACGGUCUCUACCGUCUUCUUCACGACUUCAUCCGGCCGCUCCAAUGGGCUCUUCUCUGUUCUAUCCCCCUCCGCGAGAUCCAGGAUGCGCUUUUCUCCUUCUGGUCCGAUCCACUCCGCCUAGGCUUCGUACCGACCCUCCUCGCUGCCCCCGCUGCCGUAUUCCGCGCCUCCGCCGACACUCUCUCCGACGUCCGCUCACUCCUCUUCCGCCGCCCACUCAACAGCCGAUUCGAUUUUAAUCGCCUCCUUCGCUGGCUCGCCUGCUUCUGGCUCUUCCUCGUGUCCUUCGAGCGGCUCGGUCCUGUUUCGCUUGUUCUUCUUACCGCCGGACUCUUACUGGCAGGCCCUACGGCCUCCGCUGUUCGCUACGCUAGCUUCAGUGCGAGCCGGCAGUCCAAGCACAGGUCUGUCUUCUUCACCGCAUACAUACUUAGAAACCUGAAAACCAUCAUCGCGAUUGGGCUGAUCGCUGGGAUGAUCCUAGGGUUCAUCGCUGGGAGUGUUUUCUUUUCGUAUAAGAUUGGGCUGGAGGGAAAGGAUGCUGUUAUGUCCAUUAAAUCCCACAUGGAGAAUAGCAACUAUGCUGAAAAAAUCGGAUUCAAGCAGUGGAUUGACGAGAACGAUGUACCAGGUAUUGUGGAUAAAUAUUCGGCUCAAUUGUAUGAGACUGUAUGGGAACAUCUAGAUCAUCUGGGAGCGCAGUAUAAUAUGACAGAGUUUGUCAAUGGGCUGCGACAUUUUAUUAUUUCUAAGCCAGGGAAUCUAUCUGAAGAUUUAUCAACAUCACUGGCAGGCCCUUCGCCGCACCCUUACACUUUACAGUUCCACACGUUGAGCGUUCACACGAAGAAUCGGGAGUUUGGAGCAAUCUAUUCAGAUCUGGUUUCCAUCUUCCAGGAACUGAUGGCCACUAGGGUGGACUUGAUUGAGAAGGCUAAGGGGUUUGCUUUCCAGGGCAUGGAAGUGGCAAAACAGGUGUUGGCUAGUGGCACCUCUGUUCUUGGAGGGAGUGCAAGCUUGGUGUUUUCUGUUAUUCUGGCAAUUGUCUCUGGUGCAGCAGAAGUUUUGAAUUUUGUCUCCCAGUUGAUGGUUUUUCUUUGGGUUUUGUACUAUUUCAUCACCUCAGAGUCUGGUGGGGUGACUGAGCAAGUCAUGGGCUUGAUUCCUAUCUCAAAAACAGCAAGAGAUAGAUGUGUUGAGGUGAUCAACCAUGCAAUUAGUAGUGUUCUCUUGGUCACUGUGAAGAUUGCAAUCUUUCAAGGUUGCCUCACUUGGCUUCUUUUCCGCUUCUUUUCUAUACAUUUUGUGUACAUGUCGACACUGUUAGCAUUCAUUAGUGCAUUGCUUCCAUUAUUGCCACCUUGGAUAUCAUCAAUUGUUGCCGCUGUAGAGCUCUUAAUGGAAGGGAGGUAUAUCUGGGCUGUUGGAUUGACAGUGGUGCACCUUAUGCUACUGGAUUAUGGAACUUCAGUCAUUCAGGAGGAUAUUCCCGGAUAUAAUGCUUAUCUUACCGGUCUCAGCAUCCUUGGUGGCAUGACAUUGUUCCCCAAUGCUUUAGAGGGAGCAAUAAUGGGCCCUUUGUUAAUGACUAUUGUCAUUGCUUUGAAGAACUUGUAUGCUGAAUUUGUGCUGGAUAAUACAGAAGAAAACAAAAAAAAGUGACGGUGAUUUAUAUUUUUUGCAGCUGCUGUUAAUCUUUAAGGAAAUCAGCUUGGUGAGGUUUUAGUAAACAACUUUCUCUUCCCUGUUGAAAAGCUAAUGCUAUUUACUAAUUUAAAUUAUACAUAUUGUUUUGUAUGAUAAUGAGCUACAUUUUAUAGGGCUUGGAUUUUGUAUCAUACAGUUAUUUCUUUCAUGUUCUUUGCAAGCUUGGGCAAAAAUUGUUGAUUUUGUGUUGUGUGAAUAAGUCUGUAACUUGUAAUCAGGAACUUUAGUGGAAGUUGUGCCCUUCACGUUUAUGGUUUUAUCUUCAGAAAUAUUCUUAUGGAAUUGUAACUUGAAGGAUUGUAUUGAGUUUUUUCUCUGCAAAUUA